AUGUUCCGGCUUGUUCUUUUGGUUGGGCUUUUGGGUGUGGCCUCGGCUGCAGAGACCCUGGCGACUAUUCAGGAAGCUGUACGGGACGCCGGGGAUAAGCAAUGCCAAAAACUAUCCACAAGUUGCCGCACCACCUACACCCCGCAGAACAGCGGCAACGAUCCGCAACUUGUCAUCGACAAGUGCGAGACUCUGAUGCAAAAAUGCAAAAUGGAAGUCGGCGUCUGCAUCCAGCAAAUCGAUUUCUGCGCCAUGUUCAUUGGGGAGCUGACAAAGGAGGCUCUUACGACAUGCAAAAAUGGGGGAAUGAAAUGUUUGGCCAAGAGCAAGGCUACUGUACUUACCAAUGCACCUGCUGCCCCUGGAGACAAAAACCAAGAGCGCUACAAUCGCUUCCGCCGCACACUCCGUCACCUUCGCUAU